GAGGCCAGUGAGGCUUGCAGAGGGGAGUUGGUGAAAGGGACUGGCCUUUCCAGCUAUUGCUGAAUUUAUCACUGUUUAGCUUGCUGUGCUCAGUGCCUCUCCCAGCCUCUCAGCAGUCUGCUCUAUCACAGGCAGCGUUCUGCACUCUACAGGCUUAGCUAAGUCACUCUAACCUCUCUUCUCCACAACUUUCCAGAUUACACUGCUGCUGACUGCCACUUCAAUGGCCGCAGCCCCUGUCUUUGGCUGAAACUGGGUCUACUGGAUUACAGCACAACAGAGGAACACCUAAAGGACUUGGAUGUAUAACAUGAAGACUCCACAGCGACAUGUCGCCCGGACGGAUCAGAUGCUUGGAGCUAUGGCAGAUAUCCUGGGAUCCUUAGUACUUCCAAGCCAUCCAUGGAUUUCAGAAGCCUGCUCAGAGGAUUCUGCGGCACCUGAACAGAGCAGUAAUGAGGAGAGUGUGGAGGAGCCAGAAACCACAGAUGUGGAGGAAGAACACAGUAUGGAGCUGUCAGACACAGCCGCCAGCCAGCUGACCCCUCCUGAAAACACAUGCCCGGGAAUUGGCAGGACCCGACGUCUCUCAGAUUUUCGAGCUUGGUUUGCAGAAAAUUUUCGCCACUGCUCAGAAUCAGAGGAAGAAUCCUAUUCGAUUGCUGGCAGUGAUGGCAGCAUUUCAGCUUCCGUGGCUUCCAUUCAACCUCAGCCUUCCACUAGCUCCGCACCUAGUUCGCCUGGAUCCAGAAGGUCUGUCAGUACUCUGAAGAAAUGGCUGACAAAUCCAGUGAGAAAAUUAAGCAGUGGCAGCCGCCUUGAUCAGAGGCAAAAGAAGAUUGAAAGUCGCCCAAAACGAGGCUUACCUGGCCGAAGAAGGAGUGCGGAUGAUGGCGGCAGGGGGAGCUUUGACCUUGGAGUGUUGCGGAACAUGGAGGACUUCACCCGGCCAGAAGAUAAGAGUUUGGAAUGGAAAGAACAUGAUAUUCCUGAAAAACAUCAAUUGCCUGACAUAUCUUUCCUGUGUGACCUGCUGCAGGGGGCAAGCACAGAGCCAGACAAUAAGGAUCCGCAUACACCCUACCUCCCAGACUCCAGAAAGAAAGAAUCUAUAACUUCUGAAACGUCUGUUGUUUCCUCCUAUUCCCCUGAAGAAACAGAAGAAGAAAGGAAGAGUGCCUUAGAAAAGAGUAUGUAUGUUCUAAUGGAGUUAGUAGAAACUGAGAAGAUGUAUGUGGAAGACUUGGGCCAAAUAGUAGAGGGAUACAUGGCAACCAUGAGUACUCAAGGAGUUCCUGAGGACAUGAAGGGAAAAGAUAAAAUUGUCUUUGGGAACAUACACCAGAUAUUUGACUGGCACAAAGACUAUUUUCUAGGUGAGAUACAAAAGUGCCUUGAGGACCCAAGCCGAUUAGCACAGCUCUUCAUAAAGCACGAGCGCAGGUUGCACAUGUACGUGGUAUAUUGUCAAAACAAGCCCAAGUCUGAGCACAUUGUGUCCGAGUAUAUCGAUACCUACUUUGAGGAGUUGAGGCAACAGCUGUCACAUCGCCUGCAACUUAAUGACCUACUUAUUAAACCGGUGCAGAGGAUCAUGAAGUACCAGCUGCUGCUAAAGGACUUUCUUAAGUAUUACAGUAAAGCCGGACAAGAUACAACAGAACUGGAGAAAGCUGUGGAAGUGAUGUGCUUUGUCCCCAAACGAUGCAAUGACAUGAUGAACCUUGGCCGACUACAAGGGUUUGAGGGAAAGAUCACAGCUCAGGGGAAGCUUCUCCAGCAAGACACAUUUAUGGUGAUGGAACAAGAGUGCACUUUUCUGACCCGGGGUAAAGAACGUAGGGUCUUCCUCUUUGAGCAGCUCGUCAUCUUUAGUGAACCCAUUGACAGGAAGAAGGGUUUCUCAUUGCCUGGGUACAUCUUUAAAAACAGCAUCAAGAUCAGCUGUUUGGGAAUUGAGGAAUCUGUGGAUAGUGACCCCUGUAAGUUUGCACUAACAUCCCGUGGUACAGAUCGCAGUCUAGUGCGUUACAUUCUGCAGGCCCCAACUGCUGAGAUCAGACUGUCCUGGAUCCAUGACAUUGGACAAAUAUUGGACAGCCAGCGAAACUUUCUCAAUGCACUUCAAUCACCUAUUGAGUACCAACGAAGAGAAAGCAAAUCCAACAGUCUUGGAAGAUCAACCAACAGUCACACAAUAGAAUCUACCCGUGGCGGUCUCAGACCCCAUUCCUCUGCUUCUAUGGAUAGAAACAAAUUGCCCAACCUCAAAUCCUACAAUACUUCUCUGCCCUCCCUUUUUUUACCAAGCAACUCUAGAGAGAGUCGAAACAAGGUUCACCCCCCUCGAAAGAGUUCACACUCAGAUGUCCUCCCCCCAGCAACCCUGACCCCAGCACACAUCAACCUUAAUUUAAACCAUUAUCCAGAGUCCUCCACCUCUACUGUGUCCAAUGGAACCCCACAAAGUGACCCUACCAGUCGUAAACUGAGCACAUUGGGUCGAGAACUCCCUGGCUACUCCUCUAUCGCUGAUGAAAUGGGUGUACCUGUCCCCCGGCUGGCCAAGCUGGAUGAGGAUGAACUUUGAACUUUGGCCAAGUGUACAGGGUUGACUUAUUUAAAUCAUCUUGGCGUUUCCAGGUUGCAGCUGUUGUCUGAGACCGGUGGAUAGAAGGCUUCUGUGCUUGGAUAAACCAUGAGAGAAGGGAACAUACCUUUAUGCCUUUUUAUCCACACCCAACACAGUCUGCAGUGUGAUGCCUGCUCUAUGAGGAGCAAUGUUUAUAUGAGAUAUGAGGACUUUGAGCUCCAGAACUGCUGGGAGACUUUAUGGUGUUCACUUUUUGUCCACUAUGUUCUCAAACAACUAAAGACUUGAUUUAAACCUGACUUGAGAGAGACUGAAGGAAACAAGUGGAAGUGAAACUUGUCACACUUUGAUAAUGGAUGAAAAUGAAGAAUUGUAUUUUCCCAUCCUUAGAUAAACAUCUAACCAUUUCACCCAUCCACAGAUUCUGCAAAGAACCAUCUUCACGUUUCGACUCUUUACUUGACAAUCACGAAGCUCAGUGGAAUGGAAAGGAUUUUACUGUCACAUGCUUAGGGCUCUGUAAAAGCAGUCUGGGUGACAUAUGUAUGCAAGAGCUUAUUAAAUUAAUCAAACUGGGGAGUCCUUUUGUGCAUUGAA